AAAAACAAAUUGAAUUUUUCGCAACUUGUCAGUUUCUCUUUGGUGGCCGUUAAGAAUAAACUUAAUAAUGUCGGGUAAACAGAUGUCAGACGAACAAUUUCGCAUUUUAAUCGAAACUAUACGCUCUUUGGCGCCACAGUUAAAAGAGGAAAACAAUGAAAGCGAUUCGAAAGGUAGUUUUAGUAAUUGUCCGACCCGCUUUUUCGGGCAACGAGACAACGACGCUGUGGAAGUGUUUAUUGAUGCUGUACAGACAUAUAAGGAUGUAGAACAUAUCAAUGAUAAAGAUGCUUUGAGAGGUUUGCCAUUGCUGUUUAACGGCUUAGCGGCGACGUGGUGGAAAGGUGUACGUCGUGAAGCGAAGACAUGGGAAAAUGCUUUGACCUUGUUACGUGAACAUUUCUCGCCUACGAAACCGGCCUAUCAAAUUUAUAUGGAAAUCUUCGAAACCCAACAAAGUGAUUCCCAAACUAUUGAUAGUUUUGUGCUAACGAAACGGGCGCUGUUAGCGAAACUGCCGGAAGGCAGACAUACCGAAGAGACGGAAAUUGAUUUUAUUUAUGGUUUAUUACGUUUAAAAUAUCGUCAAAGAAUAGCACGUCACGAUGUUAAAACAUUUAAAGACUUAUUAGAGAAGGGACGAUACGUAGAGAGGCAUUAAAUUAGUUAAUAAUAAUAGACAAUCGUUGUAAAAUAUCUUUUUGUAUUUAAUGUAAGCAAAAGUAUUGAUAAGUUUAUAAUAUAUGUAAAAAACAUUAAAAA